CCCCGCCCCCCCGCCGCGCCGCGCCGCGCCGCGCCUCCCUCCGCCGCGCCUUCCCCCAUUCUCCCGGAUUAAUUAAGGAGGCAGCGGCAGGAGGCUGAGUCCUGGCCGCGGGCCGGGGCCGGGGCGCCGCUGGCAGGAGCGCUUGGGGAUCCUCCAAGGUGACCAUGGCCUUGUUGGGGAAGCGCUGCGACAUUCCCACCAACGGCUGUGGGCCCGACCGCUGGAGCUCCGCCUUCACCCGCAAAGACGAGAUCAUCACCAGCCUCGUGUCUGCCUUAGAUUCCAUGUGCUCGGCGCUCUCCAAGCUGAAUGCAGAGGUGGCCUGUGUUGCUGUGCACGAUGAGAGCGCCUUCGUGGUGGGCACCGAGAAGGGGAGGAUGUUCCUGAGCACACGGAAGGAGCUGCAAUCAGACUUCCUCAGGUUCUGCCGAGGGGCCCCAUGGAAGGAGCCGGAGGCAGAGCAUCCCAAGAAGGUGCCGCGGGGCGAGGGUGGCGGCCGGAACGUCCCUCGGUCUUCCCUGGAGCACGGCUCGGACGUGUACCUUCUGCGGAAGAUGGUAGAGGAGGUGUUUGAUGUUCUUUAUAGCGAGGCCCUGGGAAGGGCCAGCGUGGUGCCCCUGCCGUACGAGAGGCUGCUCAGGGAGCCGGGGCUGCUGGCCGUGCAGGGGCUGCCCGAGGGCCUGGCCUUCCGGAGGCCAGCCGACUACGACCCCAAGGCCCUCAUGGCCAUCCUGGAGCACAGCCACCGAAUCCGCUUCAAGCUCAAGAGGCCGCUUGAGGAUGGCGGGCGGGACUCAAAGGCCUUAGUGGAGCUGAACGGCGUCUCCCUGAUAGCCAAGGGGUCUCGGGACUGCGGCCUGCAUGGCCAGGCCCCCAAGGGGCCACCCCAGGACCUACCCCCCACCGCCACCACCUCCUCUGUGGCCAGCUUCCUGUACAGCAGCGCACUCCCUAACCACACCACGAGAGAGCUCAAGCAGGAGGCGCCCGCCUGCCCGCUUGCCCCCAGCGACCUGGGCCUUGGCCGGCCCGGGCCUGAGCCCAAGGCCUCUGGUGCCCAGGACUUCCCCGACUGCUGUGGACAGAAGCCCCCCGGGCCUGGUGGUCCUCUCAUCCAGAAUGUCCACGCCUCGAAGCGCAUCCUCUUCUCCAUCGUCCAUGACAAGUCAGAGAAGUGGGACGCCUUCAUAAAGGAAACCGAGGACAUCAACACGCUCCGGGAGUGCGUGCAGAUCCUGUUUAACAGCAGAUAUGCGGAAGCCCUGGGCCUGGACCACAUGGUCCCCGUCCCCUACAGGAAGAUUGCCUGCGACCCAGAGGCCGUGGAAAUUGUGGGCAUCCCCGACAAGAUCCCCUUCAAGCGCCCCUGCACGUAUGGGGUCCCCAAGCUGAAGCGGAUCCUGGAGGAGCGACAUAGCAUCCACUUCAUCAUUAAGAGGAUGUUCGAUGAGCGAAUUUUCACAGGGAACAAGUUUACCAAAGACCCCACAAAGCUGGAGCCUGCCAGCCCACCGGAGGACACUUCUACAGAGGUCUCCCGUGCCACUGUCCUCGACCUGCCUGGGACCGCUCGGUCAGACAAGAACGGUGUGUCUGAAGACUGUGGGCCAGGAACGUCAGGGGAGCUGAGUGGGCUGCGGCCCAUUAAAAUCGAACCAGAAGAUCUGGAUAUCAUUCAGGUCACUGUCCCAGACCCUUCGCCAACCUCGGAGGAAAUGACAGACUCAAUGCCUGGGCAUCUGCCCUCGGAAGAUUCUGGUUAUGGGAUGGAGAUGCUGACUGAGAAAGGCCCCAGCGAGGACCCCCGGCCUGAGGAGAGGCCCACAGAAGACAGCCACGGCGACGUGAUCCGGCCCCUGCGGAAGCAGGUGGAACUGCUCUUCAACACGCGAUACGCCAAGGCCAUUGGCAUCUCGGAGCCCGUCAAGGUGCCCUACUCCAAGUUCCUGAUGUACCCGGAGGAGCUGUUUGUGGUGGGGCUGCCUGAAGGCAUCUCCCUCCGCAGGCCCAACUGCUUCGGGAUCGCCAAGCUCCGGAAGAUCCUGGAAGCCAGCAACAGCAUCCAGUUUGUCAUCAAGAGACCCGAGCUGCUCACCGAGGGAGUCAAAGAGCCCAUCGCGGACAGCCAAGAGAGGGAUUCCGGGGACCCUCUUGUGGACGAGAGCCUGAAGAGACAGGGUUUUCAAGAAAACUACGACGCUCGACUCUCGCGCAUCGACAUCGCCAACACGCUGCGGGAGCAAGUCCAGGACCUGUUCAAUAAGAAAUACGGAGAAGCCCUGGGCAUCAAGUACCCGGUCCAGGUCCCCUACAAGCGGAUCAAGAGUAACCCCGGCUCGGUGAUCAUCGAGGGGCUCCCCCCGGGAAUCCCCUUCCGAAAGCCCUGCACCUUUGGCUCCCAGAACCUGGAGAGGAUUCUUGCAGUGGCUGACAAGAUCAAGUUCACGGUCACCAGGCCUUUUCAAGGACUCAUCCCAAAGCCUGAUGAAGAUGACGCCAACAGACUAGGGGAGAAGGUGAUCCUCCGCGAGCAGGUGAAGGAGCUCUUCAAUGAGAAAUACGGUGAGGCUCUGGGCCUGAACCGGCCUGUGCUGGUCCCUUACAAACUGAUCCGGGACAGCCCGGAUGCCGUCGAGGUCACGGGCCUGCCCGACGACAUCCCUUUCCGGAACCCCAACACAUACGACAUCCACCGGCUGGAGAAGAUCCUGAAGGCCCGAGAGCACGUCCGCAUGGUUAUCAUCAACCAGCUCCAACCGUUUGCAGAAAUCUGCAAUGACGCCAAGGUGCCAGCCAAAGACAGCAGCAUUCCCAAGCGCAAGAGAAAGCGGGUCUCCGAAGGGAACUCCUUCUCCUCCUCCUCCUCGUCUUCCUCCUCCUCGUCCUCUAACCCAGAGUCCGUGGCGUCUACCAACCAGCUCUCACUCGUGCAAUGGCCAAUGUACAUGGUGGACUAUGCCGGCCUGAACGUGCAGCUCCCGGGACCUCUGAAUUAUUAGACCUCAGUGCUGAAUCAGGACCUCACUCAGAAAGACUAAAGGAAAUGUAAUUUAUGUACAAAGUGUAUAUUCGGAUAUGUAUCGAUGCCUUUUAGUUUUUCCAAUGAUUUUUACACUAUAUUCCUGCCACCAAGGCCUUUUUAAAUAAGUAAAAAAAAAAAAAAAAAAAAGUACUGCCCUUGCUCAUAACUUCUGCGUAGUCUCCUUUGGAAUUAACAGCUGUCACUGAGGCGAGGUCAGGAAACCUGGCUCAGACAGCCUGCCAAGGUCCCCCCUUCCUUUGCCAAAGCAAAGGCGGUGUCCCUGACCGCUGGGCCGUGGUGUCUGGGGACUGACCUCACUCAUUUCUCUGCGUGACCUCCAGAUGACGUGUCCCGGGAGGCCAAGUGCCAGACUGAGCCCCUGGCCUCGGGGCCACAAGGUGGUAGGGGGCUGCCUGAGCUCCAGGAAGAGGUGAAGUCCAAAGUGUGAACUGUGAUCAAGUGUGGAAUCUCCGUGGCUGCAGAGAAGGCACCUUGGCAGAGGUGCUCUGGGUUGGACCUGGAGGGGUGGGGUGGCUUUUGAUGGAGCUCAGGGCAUUUGAGCAGCAGAGGGAUGGGUCACAGCUGUGUCUCGGAAAGGCCACCUUGGUGGCAGGUGGGAAGGUGAAGGAAGGGGUGAGACUGGAGGCAGAAGGGGUGGGCGGUUGAGAGGGCCUGGCCCUGGGCAGCUAAUGGGGGAGGCAGGGUGGCCUCCCCUGGCUCCGAAUCAAGAACCAUCCGUGAUGCUGAGACUUAGAGAGCAAGGCUGGGGUUGGCAAGGCAGAGCGGGACACGUGGGGCAGGACGGCGUUCUGGGAGAGCCCCUUGU